CCAAAACCAAAGCACAGAAAUGCCAUAACCACAAUAACAACCAUCGAUGUUUCUGUGAUUCCGUAUAUUCAGAUGUUACUGUUCCGCAAGCUCAUCCCACGAUAUACUCUACAAACAACAUAGAAACUAAUCUUAUUCUUUUCCUCGAUUCCAAUUUUCCGUAGUUCAUUCCAUUCGCUUUCUGAGAUUGGGGAUUAGGGUUUAUCCGUUUAAAACCGAGUAGUCGGAGAAAUGGUUCAACAAUCGGUGCUAGCAAUAGCAACGCAAGGGUCGGAAUCUUCAAGCCCAGUGUUAGCAGGGAGAUUCUCCAAUUGGGUGUUCGAGUGCCAUGGGUUCUGGCACAAUGCGGUGUUGAUUACGGCGUCGUUUCUCUUCGUGUUGUACUUGGCACUGCAAGCUAAACAGAGCUUCCACAAGCUCUCACAUGACCGCUCUUAUAUCAUAAUAUCGUAUUACGUCACCCUCUGGGUUGUCAGCGUCCUCAAUCUUGCUUGGUGCUCUUUUCAGUCAUGGGAAUGCUCUUCUGGGAAAGAGUUGGCAUGGAACUUGUUAUCCCUUUUUACUACUUCGGGAAUGCUGUUUCUUGAAGUGAGUUUGCUGGCUUUUUUACUUCAAGGGAAUAGUGCGAGUGGCUUAGAAGCAUUGACACGAACUUUUGGUAUAUCUGGGAUCAUUGUUGGUUUUGAUAUCUUGUUGAAGGCUGUGUAUCUGUUUGGAUUUGGGAUCCCAUUAUUCAUUGACAGCAGUGACAGUACGCAUCACGUGAAGUGGAACUUGUGGGUUGUCCACAAGCUGUUGCUUACCGCUGUUUAUGGGGUGAUAUUGUUCAUGUAUCAUUCCAGGUGGAUAGAAAGGUUACCUGCAAGACCUGCGUUUUAUAAGUAUGUUACUGUUAUGUUCAUCUUGAAUGCAAUUGCGUUGUUUGCUUGUGGGAUUACUGGAAACGGUGCUGCAUUUGCCUUCUGGUUCUAUCGUGUCACAGUUGUUUGUUACCAUGCCUUUUAUCUUCCCCUGCUCUAUAUAACAUUUCUGGCAGACUUUUUUCAGGAGGAAGAUUUGCACUUGGACAAUGUGUAUUACUCUGAAAUGAAAGAUGCUGGUUUCUUCGAAGCAGAUUGGGACUGAUGUGGUGUCAACUGUUAGAUUAGAUUAAUAAGGUGCAGGUCAUCCCGUUCACGAAGUAUGUAAAUAAAGUAAAUAUGUUAGUAGAUCACAUUUUUAUAUAGAAUUUAAAAAAAGAUGUUUGUUGAGACAUUUCGCUCCUUGACUGUUUGGUUAUUUACCAGAUUACAUCAACC